CGACUUGCUCGGGUCACGGCCUCGGUGUGUUCAACCGACUUAUUACCUCCGUGUGCUAUAAUAAGCUUUGUUGAAAGAUGAACAGCUCGGGAACGGAUCAUCUCUUCACGUCAAACAUCGAUGAUGAUCUGCAAGUGUAACAGUGAGCAUGGGCACUCCGAGUCCUUCUUUACGUCGCUGGUCACUAGGCCAAAUGGUAAAAGGUAAUAUAGUAGCGUUAACGAAAUAUUUGUCAUCUAAUUGGAUUCUUUUUCGCCUCCCCGCCGAACUUAUAUAGGGUUUUUCACCACUAGUGCGUUGCUUAGCAUUUUCGCUCUUUUCUCUUUCAUUCGUUGACCACACACUGCUGGUCCGUCUCUUUUUUGUUCAGAGAGAUGUGGAUUUCUGCGCUGCUGUCGGUGCUUGGUAUAGCACUGCAGGCGUCAGUGGUGACCGCUCAAGACGGCUCCAUAUCUGGUCCAACCAGCAGUUCGUCUGCUGCUGGGUACUCAUGCGACCCUAGCCAAUGCCAGUUGCCCAACUGCAAUUGUGCUAGCACGAGUCCCCCAGGUGGUCUUUCUCCUUCGGACGUACCGCAAUUCGUUGUCUUCACUGCCGACGAUGCUAUCCAGUCCUAUACGAUCGACUCUGUCAAUCAGUUCCUUGCUCAACGGCAGAAUCCGAACGGUUGUCCUAUCAAGAUGACCUACUUCACGUCUCUUAACUACACCAACUAUACCCUUGUCACUGAUUGGUACGUUGCUGGAAACGAAAUAGCUGAUCAUACGAUGACGCAUGUUGGUUCACCUCCUGCGGACGAGAUCAACGGAAACAUAAUUGCUCUCAACGCACUCGCUGGCAUCCCGCUCGACGCCAUUCAAGGGUUCCGUGCACCUUACUUGAACUACACCGCUCAGACUUUGCAGCUCCUCGCGAACGUCGACUUCACUUAUGAUUCUUCCUCCGCCGCUUCGAUUCCUGUCACAGACCCAGGUACCGAUGCGUACUGGCCUUACACGCUGGACAACGGUCUCGCAAACGACUGUCUGACUGUGGAGGGUAUAUGCAAAGGCCUGCCUAAAAUUCCUGGUCUUUGGGAGAUUCCUAUGUAUGCAUUCUUUGAUGAGCUCGGGAUUGACGGACCGCACUUGAUGGACCCUUGGCUGGAUACUGCAAACGGGGCCAGUGCCGUCAAUGACACUGCCACAUUUGAGUACAUGAAGAAUACGUUCACGGCUCAUUACACUGGGAAUAGGCAACCGAUUGGUCUCUACACUCAUCCCAUUCAUCUUUCGACCACUUACCCUGGUGUCGACCCCCCGAACAGCACGAUCCAGAUGAUCAAUGAUUACCUGGAUUGGCUUCAGAUGCAACAGGAUGUCUGGAUCGUUUCGAAUGAGCAGCUUCUUGCUUGGGUCCGGAACCCUGUACCGGUCUCAGAGCUCGAUUCCUUUGAGCCUUUGAAAUGUUCGACUCCUCAGGUUGACUCGUCUCUCAAAAUUUGCAAUGGUAUUCCCCAGAACGAAGCUGGUCUCCUGGAGGAAUGUGACUUCCCCGACUUCCCUUUCUUCACUUGCUAUGGUUGCCCGCAAGUAGAGGUGUCCCCUUCAAACCCGAAUCCACCGCAGCAAGUCCCAGCGGGUCAACAGAUAAGAUACAGAUUGCCUUCCAACUGCUCCACACCUUUCUGGGAUCCUAUUGCCGGGUCGUGCCUGUGUCAGUCCUCGGCUUGCGCAUUCACGGAUAACUCGCGACCUAUUGGGCCAAACGGCGCCAACCUAACUGGUGGUGGAACUGGUGGAGAUGGAUUCGACGGUUCUGGAGGUACGCCGACGCCGACGUAUAUCAACUUUAAUGGUGCUACCCCCGUUAAGUUGUGGAGUGGCAGUCUCGUUGGGAUGAUGAGCGCUCUGGUUGUGGGUGCGUUUGGCGCCGCGACAGGAUGGGUUUUGGUUAACGUCUGAGAUACUUAACAUGGCACUUUCAAGCGCUGACGAUUUACGAUAGUUACUGGACAUAGGGUUACGAUCAUUGCUUUCCACGAUGCUUUAUUGGCUUUCUCGUUUCCUUUCUCGCGGCAAUUGCGUAGUAGGCUAACCUCGAUUAAUAAUUGGCUUGUGUUAAUAGCUAGGACCAUGCAUUGUACAUUACCUACUCGUUCGGAUUUAUUACUUCUCGUGUCAUACUUGACACUACAGAUUAUGGUGGUAGCACCAAUCCAAUACAUAUUGAGAUCCCCGAGACCGGGAAAAGGUUCUGUAGAUGCCCAAUACCGUUUGUCAUUAUGAGUGGCAAUCACUUGGUUACUGGGCGCCAUCUGUCGUCAAAUGGACUUAGCAGCGACGAGAGUGGAGUACCAAGUAUCCAAUGAAGAACAGUAAUGAAGACAAAAGUGGGAGCAAGCAUGCGGGUUGUGUCCAAGGAAC